CCCAGAGAAGCAGGCAACGGUACCACUUGGUCAGUUGUGAAUCAACAUGAAGGUCCUCUUCGCCCUGGCCGCCCUCGUGGCGGUGGCUGCCGCCAUCCCCACCUACGUGCCCACCAGCUACAACUCCGUCCACCAGCAGCCCAUCGGCUCCCAGGUGUCCAAGGAUGUUGCCACCAAGCAGAAGCUCAUCCUGCAGCUGCUCGUCCGCGUCCAGCAGGACCUUAUGUACCCCGAGCUGAUCGAGCUGGCCAAGAGCUGGCAGCCCGAGCACAUCGCCGACCGCUACGCCAACCAGUACGUCGUCAAGAAGUUCUUCUCCAUGUGGAAGCAGGGCAUGCUCCCCAAGGGCGAGAUCUUCCACGUGUACAACGACUCCCAGCUCAAGGAGGCUGUCGCUCUCUUCGACAUGCUGUACUUCGCCAAGGACUUCGACACCUUCAUCAAGACCGCCGCCUGGGCUCGCGUCCACGUCAACGAGGGCCAGUUCGCCUACGCCCUGAGCGUCGCCGUCAUCCACCGUGACGACACCUACGGCGUCGUCCUCCCUCCCCUGUACGAGGUGUACCCCCACCUGUACUUCCACGGCAGCGACAUGGCCGAGUUCCAGAGCGCCAAGAUGCAGGGCAAGAUCAACUACAACGCCAUGACCAACUGGACCACCAACUCCGCCAUCCUCCACCCCGAGGACCUCCUUGGCUACUUCACCCAGGACGUCGGCCUCAACGCCUACCACGCCUACGCCCACCUCUACCAGCCCUUCUGGCUCAACAGCGAGAAGUACGGCCUGAACAUCGACCAGAACCGCGGCGAGGCUUUCUACUACUUCUACCAGCAGCUGGUUGCCCACUACAACCUGCACCGCAUGGCCAACUACCUGCCCGAGAUGAAGGCUUUCGACUGGACCGAGCCCAUUGAGCACGGCUACAACCCCGACCUCGUCUACAACAACGGCAAGUACUUCCCCGCCCGCCCCGACAACUACGAGAUCUCCAGCCUCAACUCCUACACCGUCGAGGACGUCAAGAUCAUCGAGAAGCGCAUCAAGGACGCCAUUGACUCCGGCUACGUCGUCGGCAAGGACGGCAACACCGUCUCCAUCAAGAGCUUCGUCCACGGCAUCAACAUCCUGGGCAACAUCGUCGAGGGUAACGAGGACGCCGUCAACUCCCGCUACUACGGUUCCUACGUCUCCAUGCUCCACAACCUGGUCGCCCUCAUCAUGGACCCCAGCAACGAGCACGGCGUCGCCCCCGGCGUCAUCGGCCACUACGAGACCGCCCUCCGCGACCCCGCCUUCUACGCCGUUCAGCAGCACAUCAACGGUCUGUUCCAGCAGUACAAGGACAAGCUGCCCGCCUACCGCACCGAGGACCUCAUCUACCCCGGCGUCGCCAUCAAGCAGGUCGCCACCGACCGUCUCGUCACCUACUUCGACCUGUUCGACGUCAACGUCGACCACGCCGUCGAGGUCAACACCGCCGAUGAGGCCGACAAGAUCAACUUCGUCGCCAAGACCGCCCGUCUGAACCACAAGCCCUUCUCCUACAAGGUCAACGUUGAGAGCGACAAGAAGACCAAGGCCGUGAUCCGCGUCUUCCUGGGCCCCAACGCCGACUACGUCCACUCCAACUUCUACGGCAAGCAGGCCUCCGACGUCUACUACGGCCACAACACCGCCGACAUCGACCGCCUCCGCCACAUGUUCGUCGAGCUGGACCGCAUCCCCGUCGACCUGAACCAGGGCGAGAACGUGAUCGAGCGUCACUCCCGCGAGUUCACCACCACCGUUGGCGACAGCCCGUCCUUCAAGUCUCUCCAGAAGCUGGCCGAGUCCGGCAACAUGUUCGUCGACAACGUGGACCACCACUGCGGCUUCCCCGACCGCCUGGCCCUGCCCAUGGGCCACAAGGCUGGUCUGCCCCUCACCCUCUUCGUCAUGGUCACCCCCUACGGCGUUGACGGCGAGCAGCAGCAGCACGGUGACUACUACCACGAGACCGUCGUGCCCCACGGCCAGAACGUCGUCUCCUGCAACGGCCUUAUGACCGUCGUCGACAACCGUCCCCUCGGCUUCCCCUUCGACCGCAAGAUCGACAACUUCGGCCGCUGGGAGCAGGCCCAGAACAUGCACUUCCAGACCGUGUACGUCUACCACAAGGACAGCACCGUCCCCCAGCAGGGUUACUACUACCAGCACGAGGCUGCCGACGUCAACAACGUCAACGACUUCGACCACCUCCCCAAGUUCGUGUCUGGCCAGCACCAGAUCGUCAACGUCAACGACGAGAUCCACUACAACCAGCUUUAAGCUGACUGGAGCCAGUACUUGAAAGGAAAUAAAAUAAUGUUGUGAACAACUAA